AUUCCCAAGAUGUGUUAACUCAGGAAACAUGCUCAUGGAAAAAAGACUUCAAGAAUGUGAUGCAUUGAAAGCAAGAUUACAGGAAGAACAAGAUUCAAUGCAGAGCUCCAUUCGUCAGCAACAGGAAGCACUUGAACAAAAGUAUAAGGAGGAUAGGGAUGUGCUGGAACAAAAAUUUUCAGCUGGUGCUCUAGCACAAAAGUUUAUGCUUGAAGAAAAGGAGGCUCUAGCUCAAGAGCUCGAAAGUCAGGUCAGGGCACUGCAGACUCAGUUAGACAACCAGCAACACACCCUGGAGGAAAGACUGAAAAAAGAGGAGGAGGAAAGACGCAAGAUCAGUCAAGAGAAGGUUAGCCUGAAUAGAUUCAAUCUUCAUUACAUUUUCAAACAUCAGAAUGAUAUCAGAUGA